UGAAAUCCUGUACAGAGCGAAAUGUGAUAUAAACAAGCUCAGAGAUAGUUCUAGGGUGCUUCGUCUCGUGGAGUCACGAUUCUCAAGUUUCAGCUCACCAGGUGUGACCCUUGUUUUCUAUAAAAGCUUAGUCGCCCAACCAUUGUCAUCAGCGCAAGACCUUUACAAGUUCUCUCCAGUUCUUUCAUAGUAUUCUCACGCCACACUCUCUUUUAUUUCACGAUGGCCCCUAAGGGAAACCAAGUUCCACCAGAGGUGCUCGCAAUGGCACAACGUCAGCAGCCCAGCCGUGGCACGAAGAGCAAACAUGCGACCCUCGGCGGUCAUUACAAGGAUCAAGGAGGUCUGGCUGAAGCACAGACUGAGAGCGGUGGCCAGUCAUUUGCUGGCGAGAUUGUUGGGCUGCAGUUACCUGAUAUGGGACCGCCUGCACUGGCAACUGGCAGAAGUGGCGUGAGGAGCCUCAGCGCUGUUCUGCAGCAGGCCCCUCGUGCGCCUUCCCCUUGCAACGUUGCGAGUAACAAUGAUUCGGGGAUCAACGGUGAGGUCAACCAUGAAGCCCCCGCUUCUGUGUCACAUCUUCCAGCCAGCCCAGCCAGGCUCCCAGCCCAGCCUCCUGCUGCCUCAACGCCUGUCCAUGCUCCUCCCACGCUUGGUGCAACUGGUGAUGCCUCAAUUCCAGCAGCUGCCACGGCCUUCACGGCAGCGGAGGCGAACCAGCAAACGGAUGAGGAUGAGGCGAUCAUCAUGCCUACAGCUUAUACCGCCGUUGGUACCCGGCUCUUUAAGCGAGCCGCUGGCGUUGAGACAAACGGCGGGGUGGAUCUGCUUUACAGCGAGAAAGGCCGGAAGAUGUCAAGGCUCAAUGACGAUGUUCGUCUGCGAAACACGCAGCUUGAGGAGGAAGCACUUGCUUCUAGAGACGAACUUCAACGACAGACGGUGGUCACCACUACGUCGCUGAGGGCGGUAGAGAACUUGGCCAACCACAUGGAGAAGAAGGUUCUCACGGACAAGCGCGUGAAUGACAUCAUGAAGCAGGCAGUUAGCCUCACCAUCAGCAAGCCCCCGUACAUUAACUAUGCUCCAGAUGAAGCCCACUGGCUGAACCUCUUUGUUGAGCUGGCAAACGUGCAGCCACUCUCAGAAACCGCAUUCAAGCUUAAGCUUGAACUAUCGAACUCUGAUGCCUUAGAGCGGACUGCCAAAAUGUUCAACAACAGGUUUGGGAAAAGGCUUUCCAACCUCAGGCUCGGAGCACUCCUUAAUUCCCCUCUUAAGCUAAUCAAAGCUGUGAUCAACAGCGAUGGGAAGAAGUGCUACAAGAAGGACA